UUAAGAAAAUAGUAGUAAUUCGGUUAAUUCCUAACGAAAUUCCCCGCCUUCGCAACGGUCAAAAACCUCAUUUUAAUCCGCCGAGCUAAAACGACCUCGUUUUAGGUCCUCCUUCUUGUUUAAUCCCCUCCCAAAAACCUAAAAAAGAAAUUCGCAGGAUCUCUCGAAGCAAAACCCUAAAACCCCAAAUCCCUCACCAAAAAUGGCAAUCGCAAGAACGGGCGUUUACGUUGACGAUUAUCUGGAGUAUGCAAGCACAUUGCCAGCUGAGCUUCAGAGACUCCUCCAUACAAUUCGAGAACUCGAUGAACGGUCCCAAUCUAUGAUUAAUCAUUCGAGGCAGCAAACUGAGUAUUGUUUAGGAUUGGCAGCGAAAAGAGGGAAUGGAAAUAGUUAUAUGAAUAACAGUCAUGAAGAUGAGGAAACAAUUGAGAAAAUGAGGAAGGAUAUAGAGGCAAGUCAAGAAAAUGCGUUGAGUUUGUGCACUGAGAAGGUUUUGUUGGCACGGCAAGCUUAUGAUUUGAUAGAUAGCCAUGUAAAACGUCUUGAUGAGGAUUUGACCUACUUUGCGGAAGAUCUAAAGCAAGAAGGAAAAAUUCCACCAGAUGAGCCUGCCAUUCUUCCUCCGUUACCUAUUGUUCUUCCUAAGCUUGAGAAACGCAAGUACUUUUAUGGAACACCUCAAUCAAAAAGGCUGGAUUACAGGGAUAGAGAUUGGGAUCGAGAGCGUGAUAGGGAUUUUGAACUCAUGCCUCCUCCAGGAAGCCAUAAAAAGGAUUUUGCUGCUCCUCUUGAGGUUGAUCAACCCAUUGAUCCAAAUGAACCUACUUAUUGCGUCUGCCAUCAGGUGUCGUUUGGUGAUAUGAUUGCCUGUGACAAUGAAAAUUGCCAAGGAGGUGAAUGGUUCCAUUACGCAUGUGUCGGGCUGACGCCAGAGACAAGAUUCAAGGGAAAGUGGUACUGCCCAACCUGUAGGCUGCUUCCACAAUGUCAAUAAUGAUAUAUAUAUGUUUUGAAUGAUUUGAAAUGUUUCAGCAUCUUUUCAGAAUUUAGGAAGUAGUGUAUUUGUAAUUCAAUCAAUGGAGAUAGGUUUUGUUACAGAGCUUUGAACCAUUCAAUUUUGAACAAAACUUCAGAUUCUUGAAAGUAAAUGCUCAGAAAUCUAACUUUUGAUGGAUUGUAUAUGAUCAGAUGUGAAGAGCUUGAACUUCCAUUAUUUUGAUUAUCAGAUGAAAAGGGAAGAGAGUCGAUCAAUGACCAAAACUUCUCUUCUAAAGUGUUCAAUCGGUGGUUAUGAAUACAUAAAUUUGAUAAUAAACAUGGAACUUCUGAUUCAUUGCCUUUAACUGUUUACCUAACGGAAUAAAGUCUCGACUUGUCUCAACAGCUCAGAAACAUGUUCCACUAAAACCUGCAACCAACUUGGUCUGGUAAGGUACAUUCAAAUGAUUCAGGUCUUUAAGUCUUUCUAUUUUGGGUUCAAUGACCGAUUAAACGGUUCUUACUUUUCUCAAAAUAAAGUCAG